AUGGCCACAGGCAUAUAAAAUCAAGCACCUAGGCAUGCAGACUGCUUCUACAAACAUUUGUGAAAGAAUGGGUCGCUCUCAGGACCUUAGUGAAUUCAAGUGUGGUACCGUGAUAGGUUGCUACCUGCACAAUAAAUCCAUUCAUGAAAUUUCCUUCCUACUAAAUAUUCCACGGUCAACUGUUAGUGGUAUUAUAACAAAAUGGAAGCAACUGGGAACAACUGUAACUCAGCCACAAAGUGGUAGGCCACGUAAAAUGACAAAGCAGGGCCAACGCAUGCUGAAGCGCACAGUGCAUGCUGAAGCGCACAGCACGCAGUGUCAAUAGCUAAAUACCUCCAAACUUCAUGUGGUCUUCAGAUUAGCACAACAACAAUGCGUAGAGAGCUUCAUGGAAUGGGUUUCUAUGACUGAGCAGCUGCAUCCAAG